CCGUUGUCUCAUGGUCACCAAAUCGACUUCUUUCUCAUCAAGCCGUGCGAUCUUAGGCUGUGGGGAAACCGACAACGAUUGAGAUGAUGUACCAUCGACGACAACAAUCGUCAGUGAUAUAUCGUUAGGGAAAAAAAACUUGAUGUCCUGUCUUCCCCAUGUCGUUACCUCUGCCAUGGGCAUGCGUGUCUCCAGGUUAUGAUGGUUUGCCGUGUUCACCACAUGUUAAAUGAUCUCGAGCAAGACUUAGAAGUACUCAGGGCUCUGCGUAUCCCGGUUGCAUUUCCAUCCAAUCGCUCAGUCCUCGAUACCAGCGAUACUUGGCUUUGGUCCGACCUCCCCUCAAGCGUGCUGGAGUUGUGUAUGCCAUGUCCUCGUCGUCCACGAUAGAUAGAGAGUGAGGUUACAUGUUCAAGUGCAAGACGUCUGAGCUUGUAUAUAAUCAUACCUGCCAUCCGAAUUACUCGUCGUUCUAUAGGAUAGAGGUCGUCUUGUUGAGCAAGGGCGAUGGUGGUUGUUCUCGUUUGUUGGUAGUUCGAUCCUUGAUCCUUGUAUAUAUUGUAUGUACCUUUGCCAAUAUAAU